CCGCAGCUAUGGCCGCCGCCGCCCGCGCCCGGGUAGCUCACUUACUGAGACAAUUGCAGCGCGCAUCAUGCCAGUGCCCAACUCAUUCUCAUACUUACUCCCAAGCUCUUGGACUUUCAUCUUCUGGAAAAACAACAGAUUAUGCCUUUGAGAUGGCUGUUUCAAAUAUUAGAUAUGGAACAGGAGUUACAAAGGAAGUGGGCAUGGACUUAGGAAAUAUGGGUGCUAAAAAUGUUUGUUUGAUGACAGACAAGAACCUCUCCCAGCUCCCUCCUGUACAAACAGUUAUGGAUUCCCUCGUGAAGAAUGGCAUACACUUUAAGGUUUAUGAUAAUGUGAGGGUGGAGCCCACUGAUAGAAGCUUCAUGGAAGCUAUUGAGUUUGCCAAAAAGGGAGCUUUUGACGCCUAUGUUGCUGUGGGCGGCGGAUCCACCAUGGACACGUGUAAAGCGGCUAAUUUGUACGCAUCCAGCCCGCACUCCGAUUUCCUAGAUUAUGUCAAUGCCCCCAUUGGGAAGGGAAAGCCUGUGUCUGUACCUCUUAAGCCUCUGAUUGCAGUCCCAACCACCUCAGGAACUGGGAGUGAGACUACUGGAGUUGCCAUUUUUGACUAUGAACACUUGAAAGUAAAAACUGGCAUUGCUUCCCGAGCCAUUAAGCCCACGCUGGGACUGGUUGACCCUCUGCAUACACUGCACAUGCCUGACCGGGUGAUUGCCAACAGUGGCUUCGAUGUGCUCUGCCACGCCCUGGAGUCCUACACUGCCCUUCCUUACCACCUGCGCAGCCCGUGUCCUUCAAAUCCCAUCAAUCGGCCAGCCUACCAGGGCAGCAACCCAAUCAGCGACAUUUGGGCGGUUCAUGCACUGCAGAUCGUGGCAAAGUACCUGAAGAGGGCUGUCAGAAAUCCUGAUGAUCUUGAGGCAAGGUCUAAUAUGCACUUGGCAAGCGCUUUUGCUGGCAUUGGCUUUGGAAAUGCUGGUGUUCAUCUGUGCCAUGGAAUGUCCUACCCAAUUUCUGGCUUAGUGAAGACCUAUAAAGCAAAGGAUUAUAAAGUGGAUCACCCACUAGUGCCUCAUGGCCUUUCUGUGGUGCUUACCUCUCCAGCGGUGUUCACUUUUACGGCACAGAUGGCUCCUGAACGGCACCUGAAAACAGCAGAAAUACUAGGAGCUGACACCCGCACAGCCAGGAUCUCAGAUGCUGGGCCUGUUUUGGCAGACACACUCAGGAAAUUCUUAUUUGAUCUGGAUGUUGAUGAUGGCCUAUCUGCCAUUGGUUACUGCAAAUCUGAUAUCCCUGCACUGGUGAAAGGAACACUGCCCCAGGAAAGAGUCACCAAGCUUGCACCACGUCCUCAGUCAGAAGAGGAUUUGUCUGCUCUAUUCGAAGCCUCAAUGAAACUAUACUAAUUUUCAUUUUCAUUGAAAGCAUAACCAAAAGCAAUGGAGUUCUGAAAACAGAAGUUGAUCUAACCAGAGCUUUGUCUGAUCAUCUCCACACAUAAUUUACCUGUUACUAGUUUGAAUGUGAUAUAAACUUACCCUGCAAAAGAUCUCUUAUGUCAGUCAAGUGAUUCCACAAAACAGACUAGAUAAAUGUCCAUUAUGUCAUAUCCUAUGCCAGACUUCAGGGGUCCAGGUUCUUGCCCCAAAACCCACCACUGCCCGCACUCCAGGUGUAGCUAUCAAAAAUGUUAAUAAUGUUAUAUACUCAUCCUACACCAACUGAUCCCAUGUUUAGAAAUUAUCCUACAGAAAUGCUGGCAUAAGCAUGUAAGGAAAUAUGGCAGGGAUGUUUCUGGCAGCACUUAAUAAUAAAAGUAUUUGAUAGUACUUAAAUGUUCAUUAAAAGUAUAUAGAUUAAAUAAUUCAUAUUAAUAACAUUAAAUCAUGGAAUGCUAUAUCACUGUCAAUAACUGUUAAGUCGGGAAAAGGUAAGUUGUAAGCAAUUUUAUAUUAGUAUGGUCUGACUGUUACCUUUUAAAUUAUAUAUAGGUUUGUUUAUAUAUAUAUGUAUAUAUAUAUAAUGAUACACAUCAAAAUAUUAGAAGUUAUCAUUAUA